CACAUGAUAGUUGUUAUUUAUAAUUUUUUAUUCAAAUGAGAAAAAAAUAUUUACCUUUUCAGUGGUCAUGAAGCAAAAACGUGAAACUCGUAGUAGCGGGUAUUUUAUUUUCACAUCUGGCGUGAGGCUGUGAACGAGAGCGGAAAGGCUACAGUUGUAACCGUAUAGGUACGGAAUUGAAUCGGGAAACAGGUGGGAAGCAAGCGAAGUCUGGUGGGCGCUGACACAACCCCAUUCAUUAACCAGAGGAACAUGAACGUGAACUAUAUAUUAAUAAGGCGAACAACUCGGUUAUCAUCCUUUACCUUUGUACCGUCGUGUAGCUAUCCCCCGAUAAUCGCGUGACGAGGGAUAUAUUUCCCGGCAAUUCUGAUCCUUCGGGAUCCUUUUCAAUCAUCUUAUGUAUAAUCAAUGAUCUUCACCCUUGUCCACAUCCUACCGGACCAACAACUACGAAUACCUACGUAUCUACAUAUACACGUCCGUGACAUUUUUAUCGACCUCAUUUGUUAGUUUUAUAUUUUGACGAAAAAAAUUCUAACCCAAAUACGUUUUUAACGGUAAAUUUACAGUGCGACAAAAAUAGGGUAAACAAAAUUCAUUAUGGUUGGGAUGGUUGAAAAAAAAUUCCCUGAUAAUAUUCGUCCGAUUUCACAGUGUGAUUCGUUGAACAGUUUGGAACGGAGAUCAAAUACCUUGAGGAAUUGGAAAUGCGAAACUAACAGCUGCUGGUCGGAACGUUACAAUCAGAUUGACAGCGGUUAUUUCACACCGAGAAAAAAGAUUCAUGCGAAAAACCAGAGAAUUAGGUCCUUGAGUUUGUCUAGCAGACAUCGAAAUAACGAAAACCACCAUCUUCGGCCGGAUCUUUAUACUAAGGGUGCUAAAAAAAAUGAAGAAACACCUUCGGAUUUUGCGGUUACCGAGGACAGGAAGGAUAUCUUCGAUGGUCUGAGGAAUUCCACGGUAGCCAAACUUCUGUCUUUCGUGGUGAUCGCGAUUGUAUUGGCAUCGUGGCUCGGAAAAAUGUACUCUGAAAAAACCAGCCAGAGCGUAGACCCUUCAGCUAUUUGUUGGACUCCAAUUUCUUACUAUCAAUUCCGAUCGGGACAAGAACGGUUCUCGAUUUGGAGCGGAUUGAAUACCCGUGACCCAAAAUUGGGACGCACCUCUUUCCUGAAACGACGAAGGAUCAAACGAAACACAAACGAUCCGAGAGCCUGGAGAAAUGGGAGAUAAAAUUCUAAUAAAAAAAAAAAAUGCACAAAAAAAGUCUCGAUGAUUCAUUGACGAUGAUUAGAUCAUUUUUUUAGGUAUUCAGA